AUCAUGGACAAUACUUUUAAUGAAGUUGUCUAUAAAUAUAAUCUCGGCUUAUUUUUUAAUAGAAUAAUUUGUACUUAUAUGUAAUUUGUAUAUUGGGUCUAGAUUAUUUUAGUCCCUAACCAUUUUAACUAGUGUUCACAUUUAGUCAAAGUCAUCUCCACACGAUGUGAGCAUAUGAUACUAUUUCAGAUAAACAUAUUAGAACCAAACCAGAAAAAAGGAAAGAAGAAAAUGGCUGUUAAUGAAGACGAGCCAAUAUGCCGUUUAUCUCAUCCAAUUCACCCUCACACUCUUUCCCGUAUAGCCGGAAGAAUCCCUAAAUCGGGUUGCUUCGCGUGCGACAAAGAAGAACCUUCACCGUCUUGUACCUUCCAUUACUCCUGCACCACUUGUGAUGUGGAGUUCCAUGAUAUUUGCCAUGUGUAUCCGAGGAAGCUCACACACCCUUAUCACCUUCAACAUCCUCUCACCCUCACCACUCAAAACAUUGAGGUAGAGAUCAUAUCUAACACACUCGAACAUGGUUACAUAUUCAAGAAAUGUAAUUGGUGUGGAGAUGAUUUGAGAGAUGGAUCACAAUUCUAUUGUUGUUCUAUUUGUAACUUUUGUUUGGAUUUCUCUUGCUCCCAAAAUUUUCCAACUCUUACUAUCACAAAUCCAAAAAGCCAUCAUCAUUCCCUCUCUUUAUUCCCUUGGCCACUCUUAAUUCCAUGUGUAGCUUGUGGGCUGGUUAGUUUGUUGGAACCAAGUUAUUCUUGUUUCCAAUGCAACUAUGUGGUUCAUGAGAGUUGUAUCGACUUACCUCGUGUCAUAAAAAUCACGCGUCACCCACAUCGUCUCUCUCACAAUCCUUUCCUUCCACCCACAACUCCACCUUGUCGAGUUUGCUACAAGAUAGUCGACAUCAAAUAUGGUCAGUAUUCUUGUGAUCAUGAAGGUUGUUCUUAUGUUGCCCAUUCCAAAUGCGCAACACAUAAGCACGUUUGGGACGGGAGAGAACUCGAAUGGGAACCAGAAGAACCCGAUGACACUGAAGAUAUCGCGUCAUUCAAGAAAGUGGGUAAAAAUAUGAUAAAGUACUUUUGUCAUGAACAUCAUCUUAAGCUUGAGAAGUAUGAUAGUGUUCGAGACGCAAAGAAACAAUGUCAAGCAUGCAUCCUUCGUAUCGACUCUUAUGAUUUCUACAAUUGUAUACAAUGUGAGUUCUUUCUUCACGAGGUAUGUGCUGGUCUUCCUAAAACACUAGCUCAUGCCUUGCAUAAGCAUCCUCUUGUUCUAGACCCUUCUCCUAUACUCGAUUACAAUUCCACAAGUUGUUCGACUUGUGCCCGUGAGUCCACUGGUUUCAUGUACAAAUGCUCAAAGCCUGAUUGCGACGAUGACAACGAUACAUUUCAGUUAGAUUUUCGAUGCAUUUUAGUUCUUGAUUAUUUCACCCACAAAAGUCAUGAACAUCCUUUGUUCAUCUCAACAUCAUAUUCAAGAAAAGGUAUCAUCUCUUGUGCUGGCUGCAAAGAUACUGUUCGUAGCGAAUACUAUCUGCAAUGUACCAUAUGUUCAUUCGCUAUGUGUUAUCGUUGCGCUACAAUUCCAUAUGAGUUAUACUACAAAUACGAUACACAUCCUCUCUCUCUUUGCUAUGGAGAAGAUGCAAAGAAAGCAUAUUGGUGUGAAGUAUGCGAGAAAGAAGUAAAUCCAAGAGAAUGGUUCUACACAUGCAACAAAUGUUGCAUCACUAUCCAUCUUGAGUGUUUAUUGGAAUCAUCCGUUUAUAUCAAGUCAGGUGUAACGUUUUAUUUGGGAUCUGUUACGAUGAGUAUUCUUGGCAACAAUAGUCAAACUCGUCCGGUUUGUUAUAAGUGUGACCAUCGUUGCCCGGAUCAUAUAUACUACAAGUUGUUUGAGAAGGCUUUUUGUUCUUGGCUUUGUAUUUGGACAUCCGACAUGGACAGUUUUGAGAACGUUGAACCGGAAUAA